CUCAGCAUGGAUCAUCAUAUCGCGACCGCCAUAUCAAAGAAGAGGGGUCUGCUUCCCUCUGUUGUUUCGACAAAAUGGCAGCUUCCACGAAAGCCACCGGGUUUUUCAGACGUCAGUUUAAAAAACUAAGUGAAUACUUGAAAGCACUUGGAUCUGAUUACAAAAAUGUUGCCAUGGAUACUGUAAGUGAUGCAAAAGCUAGACCAGUGAAAGCAACUGUGUACAUUGUAACUGCUGCUGCUUUCAGCUAUGCAGCCCACUUGAACCCCAGCCUGGAAUCCUUCUGUCAAGAACUCUGUAAUGCAUCUAAUGAUCUGCUGCUUGUUGGCGACCGAAUUAGGAAUCCGAACUCUGAUAACCAUGUUCAAAUGUUGUUGAAAUACCAAAGUAAAAACUUAAUUCAACGCCAGAAUUUUUUAUUUUUUAGCUUCAUAUGGUACAACAAUUAUGGGAGUGAAGUUUCGCUGUACAAUGCAAAAUGCAAGCAUUUGUCUGUUGGAUGGUUUGAUAUGCCCAGCCGCUGUUUAGAUGUCGGUUUUCUUGGACGAUGGUUUUAUUUACAGAAAGCAAUGCAAGACUAUGAUGUCAAUGAGAAAGAAUUUGAAGGAAAAUCCUGAAAUUGAAUUAUUAUGUAUACUGUUAGAUACAUUUGAAUUCUUUUAAAUUUUCAUUAUGCUGUAUUAUUCCUUUAUAUACACCACUAAACUUGAAAAUAAGAUCCUAAAAAUAGUUUGUGCUACAGGUGUAUAUACUUGCAAAAGCAUUGAUGAAUGCUUUAUAAACUAGCCCUGGAUUGAAUGGAUAGUCUUGUUUUUUUGGACACUCAAGUUAAAAAAAGACAUCAAGCAAUUGAGGAAAUCAAUCAACUUUUCUGUAGAUUCCAAAUAAUUUUUUCAAGGGGGUAAUAUUGAUGCAGAUCUAAUUAUUUCAAAUAUUGCAUUUGCUAAAUUAAAUGCUUGCUAUUGUAUUUA